ACGAAACUCAUGAUCGAGAGGCGAGUGUCACAGGAAUGGAAGAAUUACGUCGAUGGUACCAAACCGAAGUCUUCGCGGUAAGCGACGCUCAGCAGCAUCGCUGGGAGGAACGACGCUGGGCAUUCCUAGGACAGUUGCAGCACGCAUUGCACAAUCCAUUAACGCAUACGGUUUUUGCUUACAACAUUGAUGCUUUACCCACCGAAGUGACAAGUACCAUAUUGGAUGGAGCUGAUAGCACACCGAGUUCUGCCUUUGGUGGCCUUUUAUUUGUUGGGCGUUCGCGAUAUAAUGACAUUGUGGUUGCUGACGAGACUGUGAGUCGCGUGCAUUGUAUCAUUGUCCGCUCUGUUGGUACUGUUGGUGUCUUUGAUGGCUGGUCAGGCUAUGGCACAUCGACGCUAGAGCGUGGCCGGACAGACCGCCAGUGCGAAGAGUCUGCCAUUGACAAUAGGCGACCUCUCAUCUUUGAUGAAGGGGAGUCCUUCACGCUAAGGGUUGGGAAAAACGCGACAAUUAAAUUCCCUGGCUAAGCAUACUGGAUUUAAAAGCAAGUAUUGUAAAGACUAGCGGUAAAGACUCAGCAAGUGAUGAAUGGAUCCAAUCAUCUGGGCAUGAGAAACUAAGGUUGCGACUGGGGCUGAACAUGGGCAAUUCAACAGCCUCCAAGUAGCCCCCAAGUGGCCUUGGCCAAGUGAGCGAGCGAUGGACACGAGAAACCCAACGAAGCUGACGAGAAACCCAACGAAGCUGAGUUUAAGGCUUGCCCCUCUCCCUAGUCGCCCUUAAGAGCCCCGGGUCUGGCGCC